AUGAAGACAGCCGCAGCGAUCUAUCAAGCCAACCGUAUCACCACCGCCGAGGCCAAACGCGAGGUUCGCAAAUCUCACCAGCGCCCACUCCACCCCUCAACGCUAAAGCUCAACUGCCCCCAAUCUGUACACGCUGCCAGCGGACGUUCCGGGUAUCAAUCAGUUUCAUUGGACAUCUUCCUACCAACUGAAGCACCUAGACGACACCACCUAAUGUCCCGCCGUCCGCCUCUGCCUCCCCCCACGUCUACAAUCAACACUGACCGUACUCCUGAACCCCCAAUAGCCUCUUCCUCCUCCAUUACUUCAACAUUUGCUACGACAGCUCCUGUACCCACCACCACUGCACACAAUUCUGACACACCAACAAACAUCAACCCUCCACCAACAACCCCAGCGGUGUGGACUCGGUCUAUACCUGUUUUCAUUGCGAUUGCUCCUUCACCUCACCCAUCGGCCUAUUCGGUCACUUACGAGUCCAUCGCACAGAGACUGACGAAUCAGCGCCUGGAGCACCAACCUGCACUUGUCGCGUUCACCUCAACCGCCCUUACUGCAUCCGCACGUUCAUCCACCAUAUGGGCCUAUUAG